AGAAACUUUUAAAAAUGACAAGAAGGAAGUUAAAUGAAUAUGAAAAUGGAGAGCUUAGUUUCCAUGGAGAUUUAAAAACCAGUCAAACGGAAAUGGAUAUUCAAAUUAAUAUGCUAAAACAUAAGAUGCGGCAGGAGUUGGACAGGAGUAUAACUAGAGAACUAAGAAAAGCUGCUGCUGAAUUUAAAUCGAGUCCUAUGGAUUAUCUCCUCUUGGAGCUACAGAUGGGUCAAAUCUGUCUCAGGACCUGCUUUUGAAAACAUCACAAGAAUAUGUACAGAUUUUGAAGAAAAAUAAAUGAUCUAAAAGAUAAAUAGUAAAAAUUUC